AUGACAAACCCAGCUGCUGUUGCUGAGAAGGAGUUGGGAAAUGCAGAGUAUAAGAAGAAGAACUUUCAGCAAGCCCUCGUGCACUACGAUAAAGCGAUUGAGUUGGAGCCGACUUGCAUAACUUAUCUCACAAACAAAGCAGCAGUAUAUUUUGAAAUGGGCGAAUAUGACAAAUGCAUCGAACUUUGUGAGCGUGCUGUAGAAGUUGGACGAGAGAACCGGGCGGGAUACGACGCAAUUGCCAAGGCGUAUACCCGUGCUGCUCGUUGUUACGAGAAAAAAGAAGACCUUGAAAAUGCCAAAAAGUAUUACGAUAAAUCUUUGUCUGAAUGUCGACAACCAGAGAUCGAGAAGAAGGCUCGUGAGAUUACCAAUAAACUCAAGGAAAAGGAGCGACUGGCGUAUAUCAACCCCGAAAUCGCAGAACAAGAAAAGAAUAAAGGAAAUCAAUUCUUCCAGAAAGGCGAUUAUCCGGAGGCGCUUAAACAUUAUUCUGAGGCAAUCAAGCGGAAUCCGGAAGACGCGAAACUGUAUAGCAACCGAGCAGCAUGUUACACAAAAUUAAUGGAAUUUUCCUUGGCCCUAAAAGACUGCAAUUCGUGCAUCGAAUUAGAUCCAACGUUUAUCAAAGGAUAUUUGAGGAAAGGUGCAGCUUGUGUCGCAAUGAAAGAUCUUAAUCAGGCCAGAAAAGCCUAUCGGAAAGCUCUGGAGAUUGAUCCAGAAUGCACUGAGGCAAGAGAAGGACUACUUCAAACAUUUUCCGCAGACGAUGAUCCCGAAGCAGCUCGCAAGCAGGCGAUGAACGAUCCCGAAGUUGCUGCCAUUCUCUCAGACCCUGCUAUGCGUCUAAUCCUCAACCAAAUGGAGAAUCCUACCGCGUUACGCGAACACCUGAACAACCCAGAGAUCGCUUCUAAGCUCAUGAAGUUGAUUGAUGCAGGUCUGAUAUCCUUCCGGUGA